CCACCGCCUCUGCCUCUGGGAGUUGAAGUUUCUGAAGGAGGACCAACGCGUGGAGCAGAGAGCACUUCCGAAAGGCUUUCUGACCGCACCUCGCCGUUCCCCAUAGGCCCCGCGGCUUGAGGCAACAAAUUUGUCAUCUGAAAUGCUGCCAUCAUCCAUUGAGCCUCCUAAUGAGGAAAGAAAGCCUGAUGCGAGUGACGGUGAGGAGGAGAGACAGAAGCCGGGAGUGGAUGCAGGGGCUGAGCCGAUAUCUAAACGACAGCUGAAGAAGCUGAUGAAACAGAAACAGUGGGAAGAGCAGCGGGAACAGCGCAAGGAAAAACGAAAAGAAAAACGCAAGAGAAAGAAGCUAGAACGACGCCAGAUGGAGUCCAACUCAGAUGGACAUGACAGGAAACGCAUUCGAAGACAAGUUGCUCGUAGCAGCCUCCGCCUGAUCAUCGACUGCAGCUUUGAUGAGUUGAUGGUAUUAAAGGAUAUUAAGAAACUUCAUAAACAGAUUCAACGAUGUUAUGCAGAAAACCGCCGAGCACCUCAUCCCGUACAGUUUUACUUGACAAGCCAUGGAGGCCAGCUGAAGAAGAACAUGGAUGAGAAUGACCCGGGGUGGGUCAACUGGAAGGAUAUUCACAUCAAGUCAGAGCACUAUAGUGAACUCAUAAAAAAAGAAGACCUGGUUUAUCUGACGUCGGACUCACCUAAUGUACUGAAGGACUUAGAUGAGUCAAAGGCCUAUGUGAUUGGAGGGCUAGUGGACCACAACCAUCACAAGGGACUCACAUUUAAACAAGCAUCCAGUUACGGAAUUGAACAUGCACAGCUUCCUCUUGCAGAUUUUGUGAAGAUGAAUAGUCGAAAAGUCCUGGCGGUUAACCAUGUGUUUGAAAUUAUCCUGGAGUUCUUGGAAACAAGAGACUGGCAGGAGGCAUUUUUUACAAUCUUGCCCCAACGGAAAGGAGCUGUUCCUGCACACACGGCCUGUGAAAGCUCUCCUCAGGACCACCAGUCCCUGCCAGGAGGAUGGGACAGUGCCAGCGAGGGGGAGCAUUGCAGGAAUGACCCUGACUCACCACAGAAAGAGGAGCAGGGCCAGCAAAGCAGCCCGGGUUCUGCAGUGAGCCCUGCCCCACAGUAACCUUCCCCUGAUUUCCUCUCGCUCAAGAGAAACUACACAGUGCGGUGCUUCACAGCAUGCUCAGACUGCAAGAAAAUUUUCUCUCGUCUCUGUUGUGGAAUUUUAAAUUUUCUUAAAAAGUUAAAUAAUAAUGAAAAACCCUUUAAGCACUAAGAAAGGAUUAUUUGGUUUUGGGUAAGAAGACUUAAAGGUAUUAUUUCAAAAUUGCUUUAAGCCUCAAAUCAGUCCUGGGGGACGUUGUAUACAAGUCUGCCUCCAUUUCUCAUUCACUGGAGCGUAUCCUCAGGACGUGCCUUCUGACCUGUGAGCUCGGCUCUUUCCUGUUCCUGCCUGUGUCUUUUUGGUCUGAUGUCUAUUUGUUGGAGCAGAUAUUCAUACUGUCCUCUGAGUCUCUAGAAUGCUGAACUUGGGAAGCUAAGCUUUCUUCUGUGGCUUCGGUGUUCAGUUUUCUCUAAGAAAUACAGUAAUUCUAGGAGAUUAUCAGUUGUUUGCUGGGCUCAACAAUUCAUUCCCAUUGGACAGUGGAGUCCAUUCCUGUGCCUCCUUUAUGAUACCUUAUGUUUCUGAAACAGUCACAAGAAUAAUCUUAAAUCCUGUCGUGACAAUAAUUUAUCCAAUUACACAAUUAAGCUUUGCUGGCUAGAUUAUUUUAUAAGCUUAAUUUUGAAGGCUCAAUUUGUCUUUACCUCAGUUUAAAACAAAUAAAGUUAUCCUCUCCCUUUAUUUUCCAUAUAUAUAUAUAUAACAUAUUUCCAUGUUGGCUUUUAAUGUGAAUAUUAUACAUCUGCCUCCUACUAUAAUAUUCCAACUAAUGUAAAUGUGUUUCUGUAAAUAACAUGCAUGUAGGAAAAUGUGCAUGUAUUCAUGUUUACAUCUGUCCAUGUCACAUUUAGCUUUCAUGCCUUAAUCACAUUGACAGGACUGUAUGUGUUGUUUGUGGAAUGGUUGUGUUGGAUUCACUAGUUUGAAUUCAUUAAAUGGGAAUUGAACAGUGGUUUAGAAACUGAUGGAGACAGAGCAGAGGGAUGCCAUUGGCUUCUGCACAGUAUUUGCAGAUCACGUGCCCUUACAUGUGCCGGGCAACUCCAGGAGCUCUCACUGAACUGCGAUGAACCAGUUUCUGGUCUUUUCUCUUUAUUAUACAGUGUAUGUGCUCAUUAGAAUUGGUAUUGACGUUCACUGCCUAUUUUUGUUGUUUAAUUCUUAGUUACCUAUUGUAGCUAGCUCCUUCAAAGUCUGUAAAUGAUGUAAACAGUCAUAGGAUAGUUCUAAAUGAAUAAAGUUCAUGUUGUUACUGUACUUUUUGAAGAUUCAGAUUUUGUGAGAUGUCCUCCAUGUGCUCCAUGUGUCUCACGUUACUGGUUUGUGUGGACACUUGGUAUCCAGGCGAUGGUACUGUUAUGGAGGUUUGUAGGACCUUUCGUAGGAGAAGCUUUGCUGGAGGAAGCAUGUGACUUAGGGCAGGCUUUUCAGUCCUGGUUCUUGUGCUAUCAAAUGUGAUCACCACUUCCUGAUAUCCGGGCCAACCUGAUGAUCCUGUGCCAGGGCUUCCCUGCCACGAUGACGCUAUACCUCCUGUAGAGCUCUAAACCAAAAUAAACUCUUCCUUCCCUACUG